AUGUGUGCGUACCUUGUUGGCCGCACCUUCGACGUGUACCUGGCCCUCCGCUCUUGCCCGGAUUAUACCUCCACCAGUCUCCCCGCUUCUGCCCUCAACUCCCUGCCCGGGCCGUUCCCACCAGACGGGCCCGAGCCAACCUGUGGCCAGGUGGGUCACCGGCAGCUCUCCUGGGGCCGUCGGAGGAAAUCUGGCCAGAGUUCUCGCUCUUGCCGUGUCUGCUCAAACCGGCUGGGUCCGCUAGGGAAGUGCAGCCUCAGUAUGUGCCGCCAGUGUUACCGUCGGCAUGCCGAGGAUACAGGCUGCCUCAGGUUGGAUUAA